AUGUCUCGUUUUCUUUCGAAAGUUAUAUUUCGAUCAGAAUCUCGUCGUUUUUUAUCAUCAUUAGCUACAUUUGAUGUGAAACCAGAACAAAAAACUCGAGAACUUAUUGAUAAAAUUAUACGUGUUGAUCAGGCAGGAGAAUUAGCUGCUGAUAGAAUUUAUGCUGGACAAAUGGCCGUUUUAGGUCAUACAGAUGUUGGACCUACAAUUCAACAUAUGUGGGAUGAAGAAAAAGCUCAUUUAGCAAAAUUUAAUGAAUUAAUACCAAAAUAUAAAGCACGACCAUCAGCAUUAUUACCGAUAGCUAAUAUUGCUGGUUAUGCAUUAGGUGCUGGAACGGCUCUAUUAGGUAAAGAAGCAGCUAUGGCAUGUACAGUUGCUGUUGAAGCUGUUAUUGGCGAACAUUAUAAUAAUCAAUUACGUGAUUUAAUGGAACAUGCAGAUCAAACAAAAGACAAAGAUCUGAUUGAAACAAUUAGGAAAUUUCGUGACGAUGAAUCUCAACAUCAUGAUACUGGUUUAGCUAAUAAUGCAGAACAAGCACCUUUCUAUCGUAAUCUGACUAGUGUUAUUAAAUUGGGUUGUCGUCUUGGUAUCUAUUUAACUGAACGUAUUUAG